CGCCGGAAGGGGAAGUUUCGCCUUCGAACACUCCCUCGCUCGUCCGAAUUCGGUGGCGCCACGUCCGUCGGUCUCCGCCUUUUGCACCCCGACUGGGGCGGCUUCCAACCCGACACCUUCCCCUCGCCGAGCGGGCCGCGUCGAGAGGGAGCCGGGACGGGGCGUCGAGAGGCUGUGCAGAUCCCGGCCACCGAAGAGAGGAAGAUGUCGGACAUCGGGGACUGGUUCAGGAGCAUCCCGGCCAUCACGCGCUAUUGGUUCGCCGCCACCGUCGCGGUGCCCUUGGUCGGCAAACUCAGCCUUAUCAGCCCGGCCUAUUUCUUCCUCUGGCCUGAAGCCUUCCUCUAUCGCUUCCAGAUCUGGAGGCCAAUCACUGCCACCUUUUAUUUCCCUGUGGGUCCAGGAACUGGAUUUCUUUAUUUGGUCAAUUUAUAUUUCUUAUAUCAGUACUCUACACGACUCGAAACAGGAGCUUUCGAUGGGAGGCCGGCAGACUAUUUAUUCAUGCUCCUCUUUAACUGGAUCUGCAUUGUGAUAACUGGCUUAGCGAUGGAUAUGCAGUUGCUGAUGAUCCCUUUGAUCAUGUCAGUACUUUAUGUCUGGGCCCAGCUGAACAGAGACAUGAUUGUAUCAUUUUGGUUUGGAACACGAUUUAAGGCCUGUUAUUUACCUUGGGUUAUUCUUGGAUUCAACUAUAUCAUCGGAGGCUCGGUCAUCAAUGAGCUAAUUGGAAAUCUUGUUGGACAUCUUUAUUUCUUCCUCAUGUUCAGAUACCCGAUGGACUUGGGAGGAAGGAAUUUUCUGUCCACACCUCAGUUUUUGUACCGCUGGCUGCCCAGCAGGAGAGGAGGGGUGUCAGGGUUCGGCGUGCCCCCUGCUAGCAUGAGGCGAGCCGCCGAUCAGAACGGCGGAGGCGGGAGACACAACUGGGGACAGGGCUUUCGACUUGGGGACCAGUGAAGGAGUGGCCUCUGGCCUGCCCACCAGCCUCUCCACUCAGAUGAAGUUUCCUCCCAGUGCUGGGUAACCCUAUCACCGAGUUCAGCUAACGCUGUUGGACCUGACCCACACUGAAUGUAGUCUUUCAGUACAAGACAACAAUUUUUUUAAAACCUGAAGAAAAAAAAUUUAAGUGUUCCUCAAGUUUCAUGAUUCUCAUUCAAGUCCUUAAUGCUAAGAAGAACAAAUAUCAACUGUGCAAAUUGCAGAACUGACCGUCUUCUCUGGUGUCUUCUCUUCCUUUUCCAGCUGAGUAAUGGGCUUCGGCAGGUGCCGCUCUGCUGGCACCAAGCUGGGCGUCUGGGGUUGGGUCACCAAACCCUUGUCAAAGGGACUCUGACCUCUUUCUUGCGCACACACCUCCCUCCUACUUUUCCCCACCCCCACAUUCUCAGCCAGAGGGAUUGCCCAUAAAACGAUUCUGCCUUUGACAAGCUCUUUUUAUUUAUUGACUUUUGCCAAGGCUUGGCCACGAAGAACUUGCUCACACCAUCUUCCAGCGGCAGAACGGUAACCAUAGGGGAGAAGGCGGAGCACAGAGGAAGAGCCUUCUCAGCUUUUGGAGUUGCUAUGACCUGAUAGCACUUGCGACCAUUUGCCACCUCUUCAGCUGUUUAGAUAGGAAAAAAAAAAAAAACCACUGCUGAGGCAGUGAGGACCAGAUUGAUAUAAUGAAGCCUGAGGAUUGUUGCUGGGCGUGUUUUUGUCUUAGUGAUCAAAACUGUAGUGGAGCUGCAUCUUACACAGGGGCUGGGCUUAAACCAUGGUGGGUCUGAUCCCUUAGUGUCUCGUGUCGGGCAUACUGGCUCUGUGUGUACCCAGAGUAGUGGAUUUGUAUUGUGCUAGUAAGUUCCAAAUCACACUGGCCCCAGGGAGAAGCUCUCUUUGAGAGGCACCUGGGCGUUGAUUCUACUUCAUGCUCAUUCUGGAUAUAUGUUUACUACGUGGAGUGGAGGGGAGAACCUUAAACCCUAUUUAAGUUGUCAUUUUAUUGCAAACCGAGUGCCCCCAGCAGUGUCUAUGUGCUUGAGUUAGUUGUGGGGAAGGUGCAGCUCCUCUGUAUGUAGAUUUAAUUUUAGGAGCUAUUAUAAGCACAUCUAAGUGAAUUUGAGGUUGCAAUGGCUUUAGAAGCAUCUUGUGUUUGAGGGUCUUUUUUAUUUUGAGUCAUCAAGGUACAUCAGACCAGCCUCAGUACGCGCAACUCUUUUUUUCAUAGGUGGACUUCUUCCAUCAGAGCUAGGCUUGUCACCAAAUAGUUUUUUGAAGGCUGUGAUGUUUCCCACGGUUUCUGAUUCUAUGUUUAUAUUCUGACAGCAGACUGCUAGGAGCAGCGUUGAGUGGCCACCAUGCUAGUCAGCUAGAAAAGGCUUUGAACAUUUUGACCAGGAGUUCUGUGCAGGAAGCACUGUGCGCUAACAGUGUGACUCUGCCCCACGCCGAAGCAGGGGUGUGUGUGAUACUAGGAAGUAGGGAUUUGAAAAGAGCUCCUCACAUCUGAAGUGCGUGUGUGUGUGUGUACUUGCUCAUGUUUAAUUUAUAUGAUAAAAUAGGAGGUGUGGAGAAUCUGAACGCUCACUGUCACAUGUUCUGCUGUUGACCUGUGGCCCCAAUAAAAUGCACUUGUAAAAUUUUAGAAGCCCUUCUUCCUGUUACGUCACAGUUGCAGGCACCGUGCCGGAGAUGGGGCGCGUGUCUGUAAGAAGAUUCUCAUGGUAAGUGAGCUCGGCGCUCUUAGACGCCCUCUUAGCAACUCAACUGCCUGAGAGCAGUCGUCUUUCUAAAGGUUACAAGUGUUCUGUAGAAUGCUUCAGUUCCAGGCUUGAUGUUCAUUAAAUUCUUAAACACGUUUAGGAAGCUGAUAAUUUUAUUAAUUUUGUCUGGAUUACCUACCUUUUGGGAAUAAUUUUAGCUAAGCAAGCUAUUUGAGAUUUGAGUUGGCAAGGCGAGACGUGACAGCAAGUUCUCUCUAUGAAUGCAAAAAAAAAUUCCUUAUUUUGUAUAGAGAAAUCCCCUUUUUGUAAUUAAUCCUUUUUAUUGGUAAAAAUUGUAAAUUAAAAUGUACAACUUGA